ACCAAAUGAAAGAUGCUGUGCAAAUAUAUAUGCAUUAAUUUUUCCGACUAAUUCAUGAAACUCCAUCUUGCAGCUUGAAUCUCUGUCAUUUUCGGUGUCGUUGAUAAAGAGGAAAUUAAAUCGUUGAUCAAUAUGCUUAGAGCUGGUUGUUCUUUGGUUUCCUGCAACUCGCGAAGUAGUAUUCUCGAAGUACUACUUGGUCGUCAUGAGAGGACGUCUUUCUCCAGCUAUACAUCUCAGUUGGUACACCAUCCGGAUUUUGCUAUGGAUCAUAAGCUUGGAAAUGGCAGCUACUUGAUGAAAGGAGCUGGGUCACGGUACUUCAUGUUCAGCACUAAUGGCCAAACGUGGAAAAAACUCCAUAGCAAUACUGUUAACAAUGACAAGGGCAAGGUUCAACCACCAGCACUAGCUUCUCCAAAGCUCACAUUCCCUCGUAAUUGGAUAAAAUGGGUUUUUGGAUCCGGAGUAACUUUAUCAAUAUCGACAUGGAAACAGGAUUGGAGGAAACGACUAAGGAUUGGAGGAGAGACCGAAAUGGUGGUUGAAGAGGUUGAAAGCGUGGCAGAGAUAGUAGAAAAGGUUGCAACUGUGGCAGAGAAGAUAUCAGCAGAGGUGGCAGACAAACUUCCUGAGAAUGGUAAACUCAAGGAAGCAGCUUUGUUUGUGGAACGUGUUUCAAAAGAGGCUGCCCAUGAUGCUCAUCUAACAAAAGAUUUUAUUCACAAGGUGGAUGCAUUGAAAGAAGACCUGGAGGCACUACUGGUUGAACCCAUGAAUAUUGAUCAGAUUGCAAAGCUGCAAGGAUCUGAAGGGAAGUAGUAAUGCAAUAUGGAAAUACUCCAAGCUAGGUUGGAUAUAAUUAAUGAUUCAUUCAUUCUAUUUUGAAACGUUUAAAGCACAAAAAUACAAGUCGUUUCCUAA